AUGGGCAACUGGCAGGGCGUCAUUGGAGGGCAGGGCGUCGGGCUGGAUGGAGCGCUGGGCGUCGGGCAGGCUCCCGUCGCCACGAGGCCAGGCGGGGCCGCUGUCCCGGCGUCGCCGCCCGCCACAGUUUGCAGAGCGGCCGCGGCAGGAGGCGGCGGCGGCUUGGGCCGCGGCUCGGGCGCAGGCGGCGCGAGGCGAACCAGCGCUGGGCGCCGCGGCGCGGGGCGCGCCAGCGGCGGGCGCGGGGCGCGCCAGCGGCGGGCGCGGAAGCCGCCGCGCUGCUGGAGGCGCCGGCGCGGGCGGCGGCAGCCCGGCGCUGCUGCCGCCGCCGCGCCGCGGGGGACUCGGGGGCCGCAGCGGCGUGGCCUGGCGGCCAGGACAGCCAGCGCGCAGUCGGCCAGCGCCAGCGGAGGGCCCGGCGGCGCGCCCAUCACCAGCGGCGCCGGAGGCGCGGGCGGCGGCCGCGGCGCCCGCGGUGCCGGCGCCAGCACCAGCGCCCGCGGCGUCAUCGACGCGGGCGCCGCGGGCGAGCGGCAGGGCUCGCGCAGCGGCCAAGCCCUGGCGGCUUCAGCCUUUGUGCAGGCGAAGGGCUGGCUCGAGUCCCUGCAGGCAGUCGCGGAGGGCGAGGCAGUCGAGAAGUUGCAGCAGUCCGUUUCCUUGUUCGGCAAGGCCGUCGGCACCAUCUGUGACCAGAUCAACAAGAAGACUGGGCAGCGUCGGGGAGAGGUCAACCGACAGAAGCAGGUGGCAGACCAGCGCGUCACUAAACUUGAGAAACAGAUGGCUGAAUUCCUUGAAGUAUCCCAUUGUAUAAGGCAGAGAAGGUGCGAGCGAGGCGACGUGAUCGCCUCGUUGCAGGUCCCCACCCAGGCGCGGGACAGCCCUGGCCAAGUGGGCAGUGCGUCUGGCGCCAUGGCGAGGUCCCAGCGUGGCGGCAGCAGUGGCAGGCGCAGCAGAGCUUAUUGGAUGCGCAGCUGCAGGUGCUGGAACUGGGAUUGGCGCUUCGCGUGCCUCAGCUGUGGGCAUGCCGCGCCACCUUGGGCCGCGGAGGCGCCCCGAGGCAAGGCGAAGCCCGAGGUGGACAAGGACGGCUGGGUGGACCAGCCUCGGGGGCGUCAGGCCCAGCAGCAGGCCCGCAGCGCAGCGUCGCGCACGGCAUCCACCAAGUCGCAGACCUCGGCUUCGGCGGCGAGUGGGGCGCCCAGCAACGGAGGAGCAACGGCGAUCGAGAGGCUGCGGGCAACGGUCGAGCGGCUUGAGACGCUGCAGGCAGGGCCGCCAGACGGCGUCGACUGCUGCUUCACGGACGUCGUGGCCAACCAGCUGGAGGCGAAGAGGGCAGAGCUGGCCAUCGCCCAGAAGGAGGCAGCGGAGCAGAAGGCUUCUGCGAUGCCGCGGUCGGCUCUGCUGCGCAAGGAGGCGAACGCCAUCGGCAAGGAGGAGAAGCGGCUCCGCGCAGCCCGCCAGGCCCUCGAGCAGAAGCAGGCAGCGCGGGACCUCGCGGAGGUCCAGCUGCAGAAGGCCCAGGACGAGCUCGCGGCGCUCGACGGCGAGGUGGAGGAGGCCAGCAAGGCGCUCCAGGUCCUCGGGGAGGCAGCCCGUGAAGAGGCGGAGAAGCGGCGGCGCCAGCGUGCAGCCGAGUGGGCGGGAGCUAGUCACGUGCCAGGGCUCCUCACGCAGCUGGACAAGCUGCCAGAAGCCUGGGGCUCCAGCAACUUCGAGGUGGCAUGGGCGGCCAUGCGUUCCCAGGUGGAAGCGGCGCGGGCGCAGCUCGCGGCCGCAGCGGAGCGCGGCCAAGCCGAGCGGCACGGCAGCGCGCGCGGGGAGUGGCCGCAGGUGUCCCAGGCAUGCAAGCGAGAGCUGGUCGCCGAGGCCGCGGACCUGGCUGACGGAGGAGUCCGACCAAUUGUGAACAGCCCGCCGCCCAUGCGCAUCUGGGGCAGCCCGAGGCAGCCCACCAGCGCACUGUGGGAGGCGGAGCGCGACCACCGCCUCCUCGGGGGCAAGAUGGCCCGCAAGUGUUACAAGGCAGGCUGGCGGCGCAGCGCCCGUGCAGCCGUUGCCGCCUGUGUGCGAGAGAGGCGAUGUGCCUCCGCCAGCCUCUGCCUGGACAUCACCAGGCUCUACGAGAACCAGCGGCACGCCUCCCUGUGGCAGUGGGGAGUCGAGCAUGGCUUCGACCUGCGGGCGCGUCGAGGCAUGCACGUGCUCUACCAGGCGGGAGCUGGAGAGCGCAGGGCUGGAAUCUCUUCUGUAAGACCUUGCAAGCCAGGAACCUCUUCAUGGGCGCCGCCCCUGCGGGGCGUGAAGUGCAUGAGGACCGUGUGCGGGGCCCUGGAGCCGUGCGCCGUGAGCGCGGGCUGCCCCCGCAGUUGGCACCCCAGAGGACCGCAGGGGGCGCCGCCGCCCAGCGCGCCGUGGCGAGGCCGCAGCCCGCAUCAGGCGGCCAAGGAUAGCGAGGGCCUCACAGCGUGGAGGCUCGCCACUUUCGCUGGGCCAGUGGCUGAGGAGGUCAACAUCGACGGCAGCUCCAUCGUGACCUGCCUGCGCAGCGGGCGUUCAUGCGCCACGGCGCCCAGCAGGGCCACGGUCCAUCUGUGGGGCAGGAUCCUGGAGUACCUCGAGCCAGGAACCUUCGAGGACGAGAAGGUGCCAGCCCACGGCUCGAGGCAGGCCGUGCCUGACGGGCCCCUGGCGGAGGCCCAUCGGCGUGCCCUCGAGCAUGCUGAUCGCCUGGCCAAGGUGGGUGCCCAGAUGCAGGCGGUGGACAGGCAGACGGGCGGCGAGCACCACACGCGGGCGGAGACCGUGCUGGAGCUCAGGCGCUGGAUCUUGCGGGCAGCCAUCUUCUGGCACAUCGGGACCAAGGAUUGUGAAGGGCUCCCUCCUGCGGCUGAACGGCGCCAGGUACGCUUCGCUGCUGCAGAGGCGCCGCAGGCGGCAGAGGAGGCCGCUAGCGCCGAGCCGAGGGCCAGGCGGCCGCGCCUGGGGAGCGCGCGCUCGGCUGGCAGCAGCUCAGCCGCCCUCUCGGCCAGCGCGUCAGCCUUCAGCAUCCUGGGGCGCGCCCUCUCCUACGCCUGCACUGGAGAAGGUGACGCAGGCCCAGAGCUCUUGGCGUGCACCAAGUGCGACACCUACGUGACGUUGGGAGGUCGCGCGGAGCGGUGCCCAGGCGACAAGGCCGACCAAUGGGGGCAGGACCCAUCGCAGCCUCUGGCCGCGAGGCCCGAGAUGGCGCAGGAGCGGCACCUGGUGUGGCGUGCCUCGCAGCGGAGCGCAGCUGCCGACCCCUCGGCUGCGGCGAGCACCGCAGGCAGCGCGCCUGCUGCGGCCGCGGCGCCCGUCGAAGUGGGGGCCGCCGCCAGCCUGCCUCUGCGGCGCCCUGCCGCGGCGAGGGCGGGCCUCCGCGGGGCCUUCGUUGUCGCGAAGAAGGGCCGCCGCCGCAUGCACGCCGUGGCCGUCCGCCGUGACCGAGACAAGGCGCUCUGUUCUUCGUCGGCGGCCGCUUUCCUGUUCACGAUGGGCGCGCUGAUUCGCGAGGGCGCGGCGCCCGCCGCUGCCGAGCAGGAGAACGUGGGCACCGCGGAGCUCUGGUUGGCUUUCGGGGCGGCCUGGGCGAGACACGGAGGCGAUGUCCUCUUGGCGUGCCAGCACGUGCUCGUGCGCCUGUACCCGCACGACUCGGAGGUGUGCGCGCGCGCCAGCCCCCGCGAGAUGUCCGGACGCGCCGCCGUUUCGCAGCUCUCGCCACCAGCUGCCCCUCUGGCCCAGUCCGGCAGCGCGCAGCCCGCCGAGUCGCGCACGGCACCGCCCCUUGCCGCCUUCAGGCGCGAGCCGCCCGGCCGCCGCUGCGGUCGGCGGCCGCUGCUUGCGGCGGCCGCGCCUGGCGCGCCGGGUCGGCGGGACCACCCGCAGCCGCUGGCGGCGCCGUUGGCGGUGGCCACCCUUGGCAACGACGUGCGUGCCGCGGCAGCUGUCGGCAGCUUUCGGUGGGAGAAGCAGUGCGUCCGGUCAUCCCCCUCUCCUACCUCAGCGCGGAGCAGCCCGCCGCCGCUCAGAUCCUCGGCCGCCGCCUCGCCCUCUGGAGGCAUCCAGACGGCACAUGCUCGUGCUUCGAGGACGCGUGCCCGCACCGGCUGGCCCCGCUGUCCACAGGGAAGCUCUGGCCCGACGGCACGCUGCAGUGCAGGUACCACGGGUGGCGUUUCGACAGGGACGGCCAGUGCACGGUGGUGCCGAUGUCCUCUACCCAGGACGGACUCGACCGACAGGAUCUGCAGCAUGACGCGGACCAGGGCCAGCUCCUUCCCCACGCAAGUGGCGGCGGGCCUCCUCUGGGUGUGGCUCGACUCCUCGCCAGAGGCGUGGGUCGAGAGCGCGGCCGCCCAGGCCCCGAUGGCGGAGGCGCUCCGCUCUGCGGGGUGGUCCUUUCAGCUGGAAAGGCGGAGCCACGAGUCGCUGAUCGAGGAGUGCCUGCGCGCGCCGGCUCCGGGGCCAGAGGGUCGUGUCGCGGCAGGCGCCGCGUGGGCCGCUGGCGAGGCGGAGGUGUCGGAGCGGGGUGUCGCGUACAGCCAGCGGCUCGGCCACGGCGAUGGCAGGUGCAUCCGGCAGUUCACGCCGCCGUGCUGCGUGAGCCUACGCCGCGACCUGCCGGGGUCGGGGGCGCCGCUCGAGGCCGCGUUCUACCUGGUGCCCGUGGGCCCGGAGGAGACGCGCGUGAUCUUCUCCUUCCCCGACUUCGGGCCACCGCCGCCCGCCGCCGACGCGCAGGACCCGCUCGCGGACCUCCUCUACGCCGCCCAGCGCGCCCGCGGUGAGGGCCUCUGGCGCUUCGGGGCCCGCGACGACGGCGACUGGGAGGCGCGGGCUGCCGUCAACCGCUGGCUCGACGGCGCGGGCAGGCCCUUCGACGCCGCAGCGACAGCCGGCACGGAGGUGCCGCUGGGCCCCUCGCCGGCUGGGCCAGAGGGCGCAGAACGCUGGCGGCAGCACUGCGGGCACUGCCCGCGCUGCCAGAGGGCCCUGCAGCUCGCGGAGAGCCUCCGCGCCGGCUGCGCGUCGGCCAGCGCAGCGGCGCUGCUCGUGGCGGCGGUCCUCGGGCUGGCGGGCUCCGCAGGCCCAGGCGCCCUCGUGCUCGCCGCCGCCGCGGCGCUCGAGGCCGUGGCGCAAGGCGCCGUCGGCCUGCAGGAGCGAUGCCCAUAG